UCGGAGCUGCGCAAGCGCAAGUCGCGAACGAAACGCGACGCGACAUCACACAAACCAAACGAUUACAUACAACAAACAACUAAAAUCCCUCAAAAACAACACACAGUGAACCAAAACAGUGAAAUAAUAGUGCUUUAUAGAAGCAGCGACAGUGAUGCAAAAGUAGAACCUCCAAAAUGUGCAUGUAAAGUGGUGUACGAUUGAUAUUUUUUGUUUGUCCGCCUGUGUACGUAAUAACCGUGGUCCGAAGCAAGAAAUGGUUUUAUAAUUGGUCUAAAUCAAAGGCAGCGAUGGUUCGUUUAAGAAGAAGAUAAAAUAAUCAAAAUGUCGCAGAGAGACUUCUCAGAGGUGGAGCCAACAGGCUCGGCGUCUCUCGGGGCGGCGUCGCGGGCUCUCUUCGUGGAGAAGGUGCGCGCCUCCAACGCCGCCUGCCAGGCCGGGGACUUCGCCACCGCCGUCGCUCUGUACACCGAUGCGCUCACCUUGGAUCCCGCCAACCAUAUACUGUAUAGCAACCGGUCGGCUGCAAGGUUGAAACAAGGGCAGUUCGCGGCGGCGCUGCAAGACGCAACACGGGCGAGGGAGCUGUGCCCUAACUGGCCAAAGGCGUACUACAGACAAGGUGUAGCGCUACAAUGUCUCGGGCGGCACGGCGAGGCGCUAGCCGCGUUCAGCUCCGGGCUAGGAGUGGAGCCUUCAUCCCGGCAACUGCUGGCUGCCUUAGUGGAAGCCUCGCUGAAGUCUCCAUUACGGACCACCCUGGAGCCCACCUUCAGGCAGUUGGAGGCUAUGAAGCUGGAUCAAUCACCGUUCGUGCUAAUCUCAGUGGUGGGCCAAGAGUUGCUAGCAGCCGGCCAGUACCAAGCCGCUGUCACGGUCCUGGAAGCAGCACUGAGGAUUGGCUCGUGCUCCUUGAAGUUGAGGGGUUCGGUCUUCAGCGCUCUAUCAUCCGCUCACUGGGCGCUCAGCCAGCUGGACGCUGCAAUAAACUACAUGCAGCAAGACUUGGCCGUCGCCAAGUCCCUUGGCGACACGGCGGGCGAGUGCCGCGCGCAUGGCAACCUUGGCGCUGCGUACUUCAGCCAAGGGUCCUACAAGGAUGCCUUGACCGCCCACAGAUACCAACUCGUGUUGGCCAUGAAGUGCAAAGACACUCAAGCAGCUGCCGCAGCCCUGACAUCAUUAGGGCAUGUGUACACAGCCAUCGGCGACUAUCCUAACGCACUCGCCAGUCACAAGCAAUGUGUUCAGUUGGUCAAGCAGAUGGGUGACCGACUGCAAGAGGCCAGGGAGAUCGGGAACGUUGGGGCAGUGUACCUCGCUAUGGGAGAGUUUGACUCGGCCGUCGACUGUCACACGCAGCAUUUGAGGCUAGCCAGAAGACUUGGUGAUCAGGUCGAGGAAGCCAGAGCGUACUCCAACUUAGGUUCUUCAUAUCAUUAUAGACGAAAUUUCUCCCAAGCAAUUGCAUACCACGAAAACGUGCUAAGGAUAGCUCAAAACCUUGGCGAUAGAGCUAUAGAAGCCCGAGCGUACGCUGGCCUAGGACAUGCAGCCAGAUGCGCAGGCGAUUAUGCUCAAGCAAAGAAAUGGCAUGAGCGACAACUAGAUGUUGCGUUAGCAGCCCGAGAUAAGGUGGGCGAAGGCCGGGCUUGUUCCAAUUUAGGAAUUGUGUACCAAUUAUUGGGGGAACAUGAUGCUGCACUGAAAUUACAUCAAGCACAUCUUUCAAUAGCGAGACAACUGCAGGAUAAAGCCGGCAUGGGCAGGGCAUACGGCAACAUUGGCAACGCAUACUCUGCAGCGGGGUUUUACGAACAAGCCAUCAAGUACCACAAGCAAGAGCUGACAAUCUCCAAAGAAGUCCACGAUAGGAGCUCAGAAGCCUCCACACAUGGAAACCUGGCUGUUGCUUACCAGGCGUUGGGAGCUCAUGAUAUGGCGUUGUUUCAUUAUAGAGCUCAUUUAGGGAUUGCACGAGAAUUAAAAGAUGCAGCAGGCGAAGCGUGUGCACUCUUGAAUUUAGGCAAUUGUCUCUCAUCCCGAGGGGAAUUCGCACAAGCUGUUCCUUAUUAUGAGCAACAUCUCAUGCUCUCCCAAGAGCUAGGUGACGUCACUGCUGAAGCUAAGGCUUGCCACUUUUUAGGCUAUGCGCACUACUGCCUGGGCAACUACAGGGAAGCUGUUAGAUAUUAUGACCAAGAUUUAUCAUUAGCCAAAGAUCUUCAAGACAAAAUGAACAUGGGACGAGCGUACUGCAACCUCGGACUUGCCCACUUAGCACUCGGUAACCUGGACACGGCUUUAGAAUGCCAGAAGUAUUUCCUAGCGAUAGCCCAUAUGACGCAGCACUUGCAGGGCAAAUUCAGGGCUCUGGGAAAUAUUGGAGAUGUUUUGAUCAAAAUGGGUGAUGUUGAAGAAGCUGUUAAGAUGUACCAGAGACAACUAGGAUUCGCUAGACAGGCUAGGGAUCGUUCCUUAGAAGCUGCUGCCUGUGGUGCCCUAGGCUUAGCAAGACGACUGCAAAGAAGAUUGGAUGCUGCUCUUGGGCAUCAUACACAGGAAUUAACACUACGCCAAGAAGCAGGCGAUGCCGCGGGAGAGGCACGAGCGCAUUCCCACCUUGGCGCUGUCCACAUGGCCUUGGGCCACUAUUCACAUGCAGCCCGUUGUUAUCGGGAGCAACUAGAAAGGGCGCAAGAACUUCAAGACUGCGCGUUAGAAGCUCAAGCGUAUGGCAAUUUAGGUAUUGCCAAACUCAAUAUGGGACACUAUGAGGACGCUAUUGGAUAUUUAGAACAGCAACUGGCGAUAUUAGAAAGAGUGAACACCCCAACGUGUCAACUGGACAAAGCAAGAGCCUUAGGGUCUCUUGGAGACUGUUACGACGCCCUGGGAGAUCCUGAUGAAGCAGUCAAGUACCAUGAACAGCAUCUAGCUGCCGCAUUGAAGCUCGAUAAUAAGAGAGAGCAAGAAAGAGCGUAUAGAGGACUAGGUCUUAGUCACAAGUCAAUAGGAAAUCUACAGCAAGCACUAGUCUGCCUGGAAAAACGUUUGGUGGUAUCACACGAGCUCGGUGUGCCCGAAGCUAAAGCACAGGCGUAUGGUGAACUCGGCGCUUUGCACAUCGCCCUGAACAAUUUGGAGCAAGCUGUCUUCUGUUUGGAUCACCAGAAGAACAUUGCUAAGGAACUAAACAACCAAAUCAUGGAAGCAGAAGCGUGCCACUCCCUGGGCGUGGCGCAACACGCGUUGGGCGAGCACGCCGCCGCUGUCAGGCACCACCGAGCGGAGCUGGAACUGGCGCACCGAUUAGGACUUACGCAUCUACAGGCACGGGCCUGUGGUGGUCUGGGCGCUGCGCACGCGUCGAUGGGCGCGCACGCCGAAGCCGCGCGCUGGCACGAGUCUCGACUAAGACACGCUACUGCUUCUGGUGACACUCGUGGCCGAGCACAAGCCCUAGCAGAACUCGGUGGAGCGCACCUAGCGAUGGGAGCCUGUGGCAGCGCUGUGUCUUACCUGCGACAGGCACUCGCUGCCACGGAGGGGCUGGCCGAUGUGGACCAAGAGGCAAGGGUUCGCCACCGCCUCGGCUUCGCGCUAUGGGCGUCAGGGGAACUCGAAGAAGCGAAGGAACAGUUACAAGCAGCCUUGACAGCACUCGACACUGUGGCUGACAAACACCGGGACAGGAAUACAGCAGCACUGUACACGUCUACUCACCACGCACUACAGAGAGUGCUAGUUGAGCUUGGUCGGCACCCUGAAGCACUGGUAGUGGCCGAACGAGGUCGCUGCCGCGCACUAGACGCUGCCACUGAAAAGCCUGCUGGCACUGUGAACCAGACCAAUUUGGAACUGCAUACUUCUCAAAGUAGAAAUGCCACAGAAGAGCAAGGCAAAGAGCGCCCGGAGCCGUGGUGCCCGUCGACAGUGGAGCAAGUGUUCGAGGUGGUGAACAAGCAGAAGGCGCCGGUUCUGUACUACAGUCUCGCUGCUGGCCGGCUCUAUGCUUGGCUGCUUCAGCCGCAUAAAGGUAUCCUUCGCUUCCACCAAGUAUCUCUUCUGGAAGAAUCUGAAGAAAGCAACAACAGUCUCCCUGAAAUCAAUCCUGAUGACCUUCAAAAUACUAACAAUGUGGGCAAACUGGAGCGCUUCAUCAGCGAAUGGUCGUCUUGGCUGAAGAGCACCGCAGAACGGCGCGGCGAAGACGACCAGUGGGAACCAGAUGAGCGGCCUACGGGACUCACCAGAAUGGUUACCCGCAACCACCUCCUAAACUCUUCAAACUACUCACUCAGCUCGCUAUUCAGCGUGGGUUCCGUCGGUGGUUCUGUCGCUGGCUCAGUGGCCAGCUUACAAGGAUCCACGAGGUCCAGCGUGCACGGCCCGCGCAAGAAGGCGGCGUCGUGGCAGGGCCCGCCGUGCCUCGCCGGCCUGUACCAGAUGCUGCUGGCGCCCUUCGAAGAUCUACUGCCGGCCUCCUGCAACAACAACCACGCUACCCACGGUCGCCGCGGUUGCGGCGGGCGGCGUGAGCUCGUAGUCGUGGUGGAAGGCGUCCUCUACGCUUGCCCGUGGGGCGCGCUGCGACCAGCGGACGGCGAGCCGCUGUGCGAGCGGUACGCGCUGCUGGCCGCGCCCGCGCUGCGCCACCAGCGCGCGCGCCACCGCCAGCGCCCGCACCACGACCACGCGAUAGUGGUGGUGGUGGAAGGCGUGCCAUUCGCUUGCCCCUGGGGCGCGCUGCGACCAGCGGACGGCGAGCCGCUGUGCGAGCGGCACGCGCUGCUGGCCGCGCCCGCGCUGCGCCACCAGCGCGCGCGCCACCGCCAGCGCCCGCACCACGACCACGCGAUAGUGGUGGUGGUGGAAGGCGUGCCAUUCGCUUGCCCCUGGGGCGCGCUGCGACCAGCGGACGGCGAGCCGCUGUGCGAGCGGCACGCGCUGCUGGCCGCGCCCGCGCUGCGCCACCAGCGGGCGCGCCACCGCCAGCGCCCGCACCACGACCACGGUACGUGUGUAGCGAUAGUGGUGGUGGUGGAAGGCGUGCCAUUCGCUUGCCCCUGGGGCGCGCUGCGACCAGCGGACGGCGAGCCGCUGUGCGAGCGGCACGCGCUGCUGGCCGCGCCCGCGCUGCGCCACCAGCGGGCGCGCCACCGCCAGCGCCCGCACCACGACCACGCCGCAACAGCAGCCGGCAGCAGCGCAGCAGCCGCAGCGGCCGGCAGCAGCGCGCCCGAAGCGGGCAUGCGCUGCCUCGUGGUGGGCGGCGCGCGCGUCGGCGGCUCAAGAUGGGCCAGCGCGCACGCACAGCUCAAGGAGGCCGAGCUGGUCGCUGAUAUGUUGCGGGUCACUCCUCUGACGGACUACCAGGUACGCGCAGCAGCCGCAGCGGCCGGCAGCAGCGCGCCCGAAGCAGGCAUGCGCUGCCUCGUGGUGGGCGGCGCGCGCGUCGGCGGCUCGAGAUGGGCCAGCGCGCACGCACAGUUAAAGGAAGCCGAGCUGGUCGCUGAUAUGUUGCGAGUCACUCCUCUGACGGACUAUCAGGCGUCAAAAGAAGCUGUCCUCGCUCAGCUAACUCAAGCGGAAUGCAUCCACUUCGCCACUCACAUCUGCUGGAAGACGCCCGCCAUCGUUCUUAGCCCAGGAGAAGUGGUGGACUCUCAAGCCAAGCGGCUUUUGAACACCAGUGUUGGAAGCGGAACAGCUGAUGUUUCAACCGAAAAUGAAGAAGAAAAUGCUGAAAUGCCCCAAAGUAAUGAAGAGUUGCCACCUGCUUCAGAGUUUAUGCUCACCGCAAAUGAGAUCAUGAACCUGAAGAUUACUGCCCGAUUGGUCGUAAUAUCAUGCGCUCCAUCAAGCGCCGCCCUCCAAGGAUCCACCACCGAAGAGAACGAGGACGUGAACUUAGCAGGAGAGGGCAUAUCCCGCCUCUGCCGGGCGCUGCUUACCGCAGGAGCCCAGGCUAUCCUGCUGACCUUAUGGCCUGCUCCUCAGGACACUGCCACGAAGAUACUGUACAGGGCACUCUAUUCAGCGUUGCUGCAAGGAAGCAGGGUAGCGAAGGCCUUAGGCGACGCGAUGCAGACGGUGCGGCACACGAAGCACUUCGCGCACCCGGCGCACUGGUCGGGGCUCGUGCUGCUGGGUGGCAACGUGCGCCUCAGCAACAAGGUGGCGCUCAUGGGGCAGGCGCUGUGCGAGCUGCUGGCCGCGCCCGACAAGUGCCGGGAUGCAUUACGAGUAUGCCUGCACUUGGUUGAAAAAUCACUCCAGAGGAUAGUACGUGGCCAGAAGAACGCUAUGUACACGACGCAGAAGAGCAUAGAAAACAAAGCUGGCAAUGCAACUGGCUGGAGAGAACUUCUCAUGAGCGUUGGAUUUAGAUUCGAACCAGCAGCUAAUGGUAUUCCAUCAAGCGUGUUCUUCCCUCAGAGUGAUCCAGAAGAGAGACUUACUCAGUGCUCAGCUAGUCUUCAGGCUCUACUUGGGUUGACACCAACCACACUUCAAGCCCUGUCGAAGUUGAUUUCGAAUGGAGAUGUAGCCGAUGACAUCAUUGGGGUUAUCCGUUCCGUUAUCUCCCAGUUCUCCGUAAAGAACUCUGAUACAGACACCAUUGAGGUUGCUGUAAACGUCAGGUUAUGGCGCGUAAAUGGAUGCCACGAACUGCUGGCAUCUCUUGGAUUCGAUCUGGCUGAAGUGGGCCAAGAUGAGGUGACACUACGUACUGGGAAAGCAGCCAAUCGACGACACAUACAAUUUGUGCUACAGGCUCUUCUAGCUUUAUUUGACACGCAAGAAGCCCCACGCAGUCUCAGCUUAGAGUCGAGCUCAAGCGUGGAAUCACUGGCAUCUAUCGACGAUGGAGACUUAGAACCACAUUCAGACGGUGAACCACCACCAAGGCAGCACAGACAAGAAAGCGUCUCAUCAGUUCCUCCUCCGCCGCUCCCACUGGGCUCUUGCGGUGGGGCCUUCACAAUGUACGUACGAGGAUCAACGUCAUCCACGGAAGUUGGUCGUGGAGAACCUGACGGUAGGACUGCCCCGCCCCCGGCUCCACCUCCACCAAGGUACAGGGGAGAAAGCGACGCGGCUUUCACACCCUCCCCACCAGCCGCCCCUCAACCUUCCACUGCGCCACCUAGAGACGUGUCCUUAGCUCUAGCCCAUCAAACUAAAAUUAGGACACUUUACACCCGAAGACCACCAUCUGACGACUCGGAUUGGGAAAGCUCUGGACAUGACACCGUAUUACGCAGGCGGCCAGAACACUCCCACGCGAGGUAUUUAGACGCUUUCUACGACUUAGCGUCAGCGCAACCACGGAGGACAGAAGAAGAAAAAACCGACCAAGCGUUAGCCCAACCCUCAACAUCUAAACGCGUACCUCGACCGAAAAUGGGCACCAGCAGUCGCGACUCCAUGGCCCAAGUACGACACAUGAGUGGCGAACUAACCCCUACCAUAUCAGAGGUAUACCACGAAAGAAAUAUCGGCUUAGGCCUCGCUCCACCAUUAGCUGAACUACUUUUAGCAGAAGAAUCAAAGACAGAAAUGAGAGCGGCUAGCUCGAGUGAGAAUCUUCUCCUGCAAAAUUUGGAGAAACUAGGACUUUUGGGGGAGACCAGUGAAACAGAAGAACGGUGGUGCGGCAACAACGCUUCAAGACCUUGGCUAUCUGCUCCGCCUUUGGAAACUGACGUUCAAGGGUCAGAUUUGACAACUGCAGAAAUAAUUGAACGACAAACAAAGUUCAAGAAAGACGCAGAACCAAAGAGGAAGGAGGAGAACGCUUACGAAUUGAAACCGAAAGACGAGACUCCCGGACCUAGUGGCAUAGAGAAGCGAUCUGUGUCUCCUUUUUCUGAACUUUCACGGAGAGACGAGGGUGAUGGAAGAAGCAUAGCGGACUCGCACUCCUCAUACAAAGCAUUGGUGUUAAGCCCUAGGGCCCCAUACCUUCCUGAAGAGGGGGAACCUAGUAUGAGCAAGGCAGCUGAAGGAGGUAAAACACACCCUCGGCCUCGGAGGCCUCCGGUGCCUAGAACUAGACCUUCGUACACUACUUUAGAUUUUCCACCGAACAAAUAAUUUAAAAUUGUCACAAUUUUAUUAUUUUGUACAUAUUUUUUUUAUUAUUACAUUGUAUUAUAUCCUUCUAAUUAUUGAAUAAUUAACUAUUUAUGAUGGUAAAAUGUUAUUAUUGUAAAAUAUUAAUUUCUAUCUUGGUAUAGUCAGCCAUCAAUAGUCAUAAGUUAGGUAGCUAGUGGUUUAACAUUACUCAUAUUUUUGUUAUUAUUAUAGUGCGCAGUAGUAACAUGUCUAUCUAAACGUAAAUAGAUAUUAAACGCCAGUUUCUUGCAGUCAGGCUAUGAACAUUUGAAUUUAAACUAAGCGCCCAGGCAAUUACCUGUCUCAUGAUCAUAAUCACAUGUUUUGACUAAGUAGUGCUUGUACCUAAGUAUUUUGCUAUUUUAGUUUUAUAUGACAAGUCGUAUACGUAAUUUAGAUGUGUAAUACUUAGAUACUUAAUUUUACAUAAAUAGGUCGUACUAUCUAGUUAAUUCUUACUUAAAUAAUUUUACAUCGUUUUAUAAAUGGUGCCUUAUUUAUUUGUGAAUGCGAAACCUUGUAAAUUGUGAAUGAAUUAGUUAUUACUAAAAUUUUUGUGAUGUGUAUCUUUCCAUUUUUUUUAUUCUUGCCAUUAAAUGUAAUU